GUUGUCCAAAGUAACUCAGUGGCUACACACUUCUGCAAAGUUCCCAUUUGAUACCAUGUCCCUAUACCGAAACACCAUCUGGUUUUUAAAUGGAAUACACCAUUAUACAAGAAAGGGAUAUGAAGCAGCAUCUCAAGCCUUCGAGCCACAGGAUCUGGAUGUGUCAGUCGUGGGAAGGUCUUUUAUGAUCACUGGAGCCAAUAGUGGUAUCGGUAGAGCCACUGCCAUGGCAAUAGCCAAGAAAGGUGGGAGAGUGCACAUGGUCUGCAGGAACAAAGAUAAAGCCGAAGAGGCCAAGGUGGAAAUCAUAAAUGAAUCCGGAAAUACUGAGGUGUACAUCCAUAUUUUGGACUUGUCAGAGUCACGUAAAGUGUGGGAGUUUGCUGAAGCCUUCAAGAAGCAGUAUACAUCUUUACACGUCUUGAUAAACAAUGCGGGGUGCAUGAUACACAAGAGAGAAGUGAAUGCUGAAUUGCUGGAGAAGAACUUUGCUAUCAAUACAAUGGGGAUGUACCUUCUCACUGAAAGUCUCAUACCACUUCUACAAAAGAGCCGGCAUCCGAGGGUGAUCACUAUGUCGUCAGGGGGCAUGCUCGUCCAGAAGCUCCAGAUUGAUGACUUACAGUCAGAGAAAGGAUACUUUGAUGGUCUCAUGGUCUACGCCCAGAACAAAAGACAGCAGGUGGUGGUGACAGAACAGUGGGCCAGAGAGUACCCUGACAUUCACUUCUCUGUGAUGCACCCUGGCUGGGUAGAUACACCAGCUGUGUCCACAUCAAUGCCGCAGUUUCACCGGAUGAUGGGGCAGAGGCUGCGCAGUGCAGAGCAAGGAGCUGACACUGUGGUUUGGUUGGCGUUAUCCAAGGCUGCUGGCAGAACCCGUAGCGGGCAGUUCUUCCAAGAUCGGAAAGCUGUCCUAACCCACCUGCCUCUGGCUUGGACUCACAGUUCUACAGUGGAGGUUCUGACUUUCAUCUCUCAGUUGGAGAUGCUAGCAAAAGCUGUGCAGUCAAAGGCUGAUGCGCUCCUCAGUGAUCCACUGUGGCCCAGCACAUCCUAA